CAACUAACCGCCAAACCCCGAGAUUGCGAACCAUGUUGCUGUCUGUCGCCACCAGAUCUAAGCAAAUUAGAAGGACGGGUGUUCGCUGUGUCUCACAGCUGACUCCGCGGAAUCGCUUGUCGCAAAUGUUCAUACCAACGUCAAAAGAAAAGGUGGCGGCCUCCAACGCCGAUGCAGUUGCAAGUCAUUCGCUAAUGCUCAAAUCUGGCUUCAUAAGACAGUCCUCCUCUGGAAUAUACAGCAUUCUUCCUAUUGGUUUGAGGACUAUAGAAAAAAUAGAAAAGGUUAUAGACGAGGAAAUGCGGGCAAUUGGCGGGCAAAAAUUGGCAUUGCCUCUGGUUUUAUCCUCAGAAAUGUGGAAAAAGACUGGCAGAUGGGAUGGAAUGGGAAGUGAACUAUUCAAACUCCAAGAUAGAAAGGAGUCUGACUUGCUCUUAGCGCCCACCCAUGAAGAAGAAAUCACCCAAAUCGUCGCAAACGAGUUAUCAUCUUACCGACAAUUGCCCAUUCGCCUAUACCAGAUUGGAAGAAAAUAUAGAGACGAGAUGCGUCCUCGGUCCGGCCUCUUACGAGGACGUGAAUUUAUGAUGAAGGACUUGUACACAUUUGACGAAAGUUUAGAAACGGCAUCAGUUGCAUAUGACGAUGUGCAAGGAGCGUAUAACAAAAUCUUCCGUCGAAUAGGCGUGCCUUUUGCCGUGGCUGAAGCCGAUACUGGAAAUAUCGGAGGAUCAAGGUCCCACGAAUACCACAUUCUAUCUGCAGCCGGAGAAGACAAUUUGCUUACUUGUUACAAAUGUAAUUACACCGCUAAUGAGGAGAAGGCAACUGGUGUGCUCCCUGAGACUCACGAAGCAGCACUCAAGGCUCAGUCAACCACAACCCCAGCUGGCGAUAACUUUUUACAGCUGCUAAAUCCUAGCUCAGCACACUCUCUAGGGGUCCAGUUUGCUACCAUCAAAGCAUCAUUGGUCGACAAACAUGGAAAAAGGACUAUUCUGGAAGACAAUGCACUUGUAGCAGCAGUCAGUAGCAGCAGUCGUGAAGUCAACUUUCUCAAAGUGUACGAAGUGAUUCGAAAGCACAUGGAGUCCAAAGUGGCGCCAGAUCAACAGUUUGUUCGCUCAGAAAUAUCAUUAACACCAUCGGUGCCGGACACCAUAUCUUCAUCUCAAAGCGUCCAUCUCAUAAUCGAUGAAUCAGCGGAAGAGGGAAUAGAAGCUAACGAAGACACACUACAAAAUGCAAUGAAAAAGUUGUCGUGCAAAGACAUUAUUGUUCAUCCAAAGGGAGAUUAUCGUGUUGCGCAUGAAGGCGAUUUCUGUCCAUCCUGUCACACUGAUAACGUUUCGUCAAAACUCAUCACGGAGAAAGCGAUAGAGAUCGGCCAUACAUUUUUGCUGGGAACAAAGUAUUCCGACGCACUUGAUUGUUCUUUCACACCUCGUGAGCCAGCUAACGCGCCCAAGUUGCCUGCACAAAUGGGUUGCUAUGGUAUUGGUGUAUCAAGGCUGUCCGCUGCUGUCAUUGAAUCGCUACACGAUGACGCCGGCAUGAUUUGGCCGACUAGCAUUGCGCCUUAUAGAGCCUGCAUCCUUGUGGCUGAUAACAAAAACCCAGAAUCCAACGACAUAGCCGAAAAACUUUACGAUGAAUUAAAUGCUCAGGUAUCCAUCAACGAUCCUCUUUGCAAUGAAGUGGUGCUUGACGAUCGUAAGGGCGGCUUUGGAUUCAAGAUUCGUGACGCCGAAAUGAUCGGAUAUCCAUUUGUAGUCAUUGUUGGCAACAAGACCCGAACAAAUGGAAUGGUGGAAAUAAGAGAACGCAUCAAGGGUCAGAAAAGCCAUCAAAUCGAACUUCCUAUAACGGAAGCUGUAGCGCAUUUGAAGCAACGCGUUGCUGAAAAGCUUGCUGUAUAAUAAUAGAGUGUAAACAAAACUGAAGGAAAUAAACAUAGAGAUAAAAAUCGAGCUUUC